AUCAAUAACAACUGGAUUGAUAUAAUUAUUUUAAAUUUUCUAAUUGACUACAAUAAAUUUGUAGAAUUUAUGGAACGUAUUGAGAUCCGAAGGCAAGAAAAAAAUCAGUGGCUGUACUAACAUUGGCUAAUCUUAUUUCAGUAAUCAUCAUAAAUCGAAUUUGCAGCCAUGUCAGAACUGCACGAAGCUAUUGCUAAUGGUGACACAGGGUUGGCCAUUAAGCUAAUAGAAAAUGGUGCUGAUGUAAAUGCUAGACACGAAGGUCAAACACCACUCUAUGUUGCUCUUGCUUAUGGUAAAAUCAGAUUAUUCAAAUAUCUAAAGAAGACAAAUGCUAAAAUAGAUUCACCGUGUGGUCCUCAAUCACCACUUGCUGUUGCUAUCCAUCAUAAUCAAACCAAAAUGAUUGAAUAUCUGGUAAACAAGGGUGGUAAGAACGUAAAUGCUACAUUUUAUCGUAAAAAAAUACCAUUGAAUAUCGCUAUCGAUGACGAUAACCUCGAAAUGGUUAAGUUCUUGAUAAAGAUUGGUGCCAACGUAGAUAACCAGGAUCUACAUUGGUAUGGUGAUCCUACGCCAUUAAUGCAUGCUAUGUCAAAGGGGAACAUUGAAAUAAUAAAAUAUAUAAUAGACAACGGCGCUGAUGUAAAUGAUGAGACAGUGCAUGAGCCAGCUUUAAUUGUAGCGAUUCGUCAGAAUAUGUUUGAAGUAGUUAAGUAUCUAAUAGAGAAAGGUGCUGAUUGGAAAGUUAUCUCCGAGUACGAGAAACAAUUAAAAGAAGAGUCUAUUGACCGCGAAAUAUGGGAUUAUAUUGACCAUAAAAUUGCUAGUUAGAUGAUGUGGUAACCUAAUAGAUGAAGAUCAAUUUAAUUAUUGUGACGGAGCUUCAACGGGUUUCUUACGGAAGAGUUAAGCAAGACUGGAGUAAGACGUUUUUCAUAAGUAUUCCUGUCAAAUAUUUCAUUAAGUCUUGCUUAAGAAUCUUCUUGAAGACUUACGGAAAUUUUUAAGAACAGCCCGCAGCAAUUCUUAAACAAUAUACGUUCUAUAGAGAAAUGCUAGGUCAGAGUUGCUGCAGAAUUGUUCAAGAUAUUGGGCUUCUUUUUCCGAGUUUCUCAAAGCUCACGUAGUACCUGUAGCAAACCCAGUGGGUCUCACUUCAAUUCAAAAAGCUACAAAUUAGUCAAAUUAUUGAUAGAUAACAUUAUAUUGAACACUAAGUGGGCGCCACUGAAUUUACUAUACUGAUGCUAAAUAGACGGCUCGCCAAUUAACGAAAAGGGCAGCCAUGGCCAGGUAUCUCAAGCAAGUGUAGGGCAAGUCUGAGGUAAUACACGUUGAGCAAGGUUUUGUCUUCAGCUAGAAUUACUACAAAUUUACUCAGGGUAUCUUACGGAAGUGUCUAAAAAAAUCGAGUAUAUAAAAUUUUAUAUACUUAUCGGAAAAUUAUCGUCAAAACUCUUCCCCACCAAGUGCUGCUUUUCAAUGAGCCCGACACCAGUACUCAUCUCUCAGCUCAUUACUCUGCAUACAAGAAUCUCAGAGAAAAUAUUUGAAUGAUUAGU